AUUAAUCAGGUCUGGACCACUUCCGCGUCAUUGAAGCAUGGUGGCUCUCAGACACAACAUGGUUUCCUCCAAACAGACAUUUGACUUUAUUCCAGAAGAGCAGACCCGACAUGGUUUAAGAUCUUAAAGCUUCAAGAUGUUGGCCGUGAGGCGCUGUUUACGACACUGGAGUCAGACAUCCGUGUCCAGGUUUUCUCUCUUUUCUCCGGAGAGCAGGACUCCCCCCAAACUGAUAGCAGGUCUGCGGGUAUCAAACGUCAGGUUCGCGGUCCUCUCGGCGGCCCCCUGUCGGCUCUCUCCGGGUCCCUCCACCAGGUUCCUGUCCCUGUCAGCCUCCCUCAGAGCGGAUGUCGGACCCUCUCCUGACCCUGAAACCUUCGGCUCCCUGUCCGAGGACAUGUCCUCCAGGAGGAGUUUCAGGAAGAGCAGCCCGGACCUCCGGGACCUGCGACACCGAGAUGAUUCUGCUGAGGAGGUGGAGGAGCUGAGGAAACUUUCCAGAAGGCCCGCGGGAAGGAGAAAUACUCCCUACUGGUACUUCUUGCAGUGCAAGAAGCUGAUCAAGGAGAACAAGCUGCAGGAGGCUCUGGACGUGUUCAGCAGAAGCAUGUUGCAGGAGGAGAGGCUGCAGCCCGAGGAGUUCAACUACUCUGUGCUCAUUGGAGGAUGUGGGCGAGCCGGACAACUCAAAAAGGCCUUCAAACUCUACAACGAUAUGAAGAAACGAGGUCUGGCCGCCACAGACGCGACCUACACCGCGCUGUUCAACGCCUGCGCAGAGUCGCCGUCGAGGGAGGCCGGGCUCCAGCACGCCCUGAAGCUGGAGCAAGAGCUGCGCCGUAAAAACUACGCCCUGAGCACCAUCACGUACCACGCUCUGCUCAAGGCCCACGCCUUCACCAACCACCUGCAGGCCUGCAUCCACACGCUGCGGGAGAUGCUGCAGAACGGCCACGCCGUAACUCAGGAGACGUUUCAUUACCUGCUGAUGGGCUGUCUGAAGGACAAAGAAACGGGAUUCAGACUGGCUUUGCAGGUGUGGCGUCAGAUGCUGCGGUCGGGGAUUGUCCCUGAUUCGAAGAACUAUAACCUGCUGCUGAGGACGGCCAGGGAUUGUGGGAUCGGUGAUCCGGCCUUAGCAUCGAGUGUUUUGCUGCAGCCUGACUGCAGGAAUUGGAAGGAGACGGAAGAUGCGGCAGAAGCCAGAUGCAGGGGUGGGAUAGACGUGGACCUUCUGGAGAGGCAGCUGUUUCUUCCCCAAGAUGUCCUCAGCAGCAGUCAGACGGACGGCAAACACAACGGAGAGGAGGAAUCCAGCCACCUCGUGCCGGUCAGACGAACAGAAAACAUCUCUUUGCCCUCUGAUGUGGCGGCUGUCUCUACAGCUCCUAAUUUGCUGGACCUUUUUGAAGGCAAAGGAGGGGCCGUGCUCGCUCUCAGCGCCGUAGACACAGCGUCUGACAGGGUGGCCCUCAUCGGCGGGGCCCAAGGCUUUCUAGACAAGAUGGAAGCGAACGGACUGAGUCCAGACCUGAAAACCCUGACACUGCUGGCUGACACGAUGGAGCCGGGCCAGCAGGCGCUGCAGGCGCUGUUAAAGGCCGCCAAGCGGCAUCAGGUGAAGCUCGAUGUGGCGUUUUUUAACUCUGCCAUCCGCAGAGCCGUCCGAGCAGGCGCCCUCGAGGAUGCAAAGGGUGUUCUGCGUGUGAUGCGGCAGCGCAACGUCAGCUUGAAUCUACAGACGUAUGGGUGUCUCGCAUUAGGCUGUGAUCGGCAGGAGGAAGGUCUGCAGCUACUGAGAGACAUACAGGAUGCAGGACUCCGACCCAAUGUCCACGUGUUCUCCGCUCUGAUUGGUCGGGCAGCUCGGAGAUUGGAUUACAUCUACCUGAAGGCGCUCCUGAAGAGCAUGAGAAACCUGAGCGUGUGGCCUAACGAGGUCAUAAUCCGGCAGCUAGAGUUUGCUGCGCAGUAUCCUCCCAACUACAACCAGUACAAAUCCAGAAACAACUACCUGGUGCAAAUAGAUGGUUUUCGUGGUUACUACCAGGAGUGGCUGAGAGAUUUACCUGCUCAGAGCGCCGAGGAGGAGCAGUCUGCGCUGCAGUCUGCCACCGACGUCGCAGUGCAGCGAAAAGAAGCUGCAGAUGGACUGACUGAGGCUCAGAGGAACCAGAGAGCAGCUGUCAGAAGAUAUUCUCGCCACAGAGACAAGGCGAGCAACAUCGGGUCUACUCAGGAACCGCUAUAAGGAGAACGUCUCUCUGCCAGGCUCCCCGCUUUAUUAAUAUGUUUAAUAUGGAUGGACUCAGGAUAAACAGUGGCUGAAGUCAGGAAAUGUGGUUCUGUAUGUAGAAAUGUUGAUGCAAUUAUAGUUAUAAAACAUUCAACCCUACA